UUUGUAAAUGAUGUUUUUGAGCGUAUUGCUGCUGAAGCUUCACGCUUGGCACAUUACAACAAGAGAUCGACCAUUACAUCCCGGGAGAUCCAAACUGCCGUCAGACUGCUGUUGCCUGGUGAAUUAGCCAAGCACGCUGUAUCUGAAGGCACCAAAGCUGUCACCAAGUACACCAGUUCGAAGUAAACGCUGCAGCGUUUUUUAAUCGGCCCUUUUCAGGGCCAA